AUGACACCAUCAAUCCAAAAUUGUCUGAAAGAGGAAAUCUUAAAAGAUUCAUUUGAAGAACUAGAUCAGGAUAAUCCAUUAUGCUCAAAUAUUUUAGACGUAUCUGAUCCAGAUUCAUGGAAUGGUGAAUACAAAGAAGAAUAUGAUAUUAAUGAAGGUACAUGGAUGUCACAUUCUGUGACAAUUCCUUUUAAUAUUGCAGCAAGAGAUAUUCAGAAAUUAAGACUCUUAGUUUUUGAAAAGGGAUCAAUAAGUUCAAAAAAAAGAAAAAAUGAAAACAGUUCUAGUGAUGAAAUUGACAAAGAAAAUAAGAUUACAAAAAAGGCAAGAAAAGGACAAAAGCCAGAUCUUAAGUUUAUUUCUAAAGAGACAUAUAAGAAUCAAGGGAAAGUCAAUUUUGAGUUAUUAGUAGGAGAAGUGUGCAGCUCACCAUGGGAGGAAAAACAACCAAAAACAUUAUCUGACUUAAAUAAAAUGAUAAAGAUGAUGAAAGACUGCAAGGAUUUGAUAUCUAGUUAUUUCUAUAAUAAAUACGGAAUGAUAGAAACAUUGAUUAUAACAACAAUGGUGUAA